CGGUGUGGCGAGUUAGCCACAAAUUACCCAGUUUACCACGAAAUCCGCGGUUUAUCACAAAAUUCCUAGUAAUUCAACUCAGUGCCAAGAGCGUACGGCUAUAAAAUACGAUCGAUCCAUAGACUUUCGAUCAUUGCAAAAGGAGUUGCUAAGUUAAAGAUCAGUGGCUCUGCUAUUAUCGCGUGUGGUGGGUUUCUCUAUCGAUUCAACUGUCAAACCUCGAGAUGAAUUCAUCCUGUGCAACCCUGUGCGUGGCUGCGGCGACUCUCCUGUUUUUCGUCGUCGAAAUGAGCGCGGUAAACAUCGACGGCUACGCGAGUUCAAGUGACUGCAGUUCAAGUACGGACCCGGUUAGGGGAAGGUUCAGCAUGUACCCAACGGGUCCAAACAGCCUCGUCGCGUACGGGGAGGCAACGGUAGACGAGGAACUCACCUCACCCUUGAAAGCAACUUUGAAGGUACAGAAAAAGGUAUUGUGGUGGUGGGUCACAGCGAAAUCUCUGUCUUAUGACGACGUCUGCCAAUUCCUACAGCCAACUAAUGCCACCCAGUCCAACUCAUGUCCGCCAACACUCCAAAAUCUACCGUCAUGCAACUGUCCGCUCCAACAGGGCACGUACAGCGUGCAGGAGACUACAUUCGACACCUCUUCGAUCGAAAUUAGUGGCCCGUCUUGGCUAGUGAGUGGCAGCUACUAUGCAAAAGCCGUACUGUCCACAGGUGGACGUCAAUUAGCGUGUAAUGAAAUCUACUUCGGUUUAUAGAAUCAUAUAUUAGAAGCCAUUACAGCGGUGGCACGUGGACAGGUGGUACGCACGCGUUACAUGCCUCUUCGACCAAUAGGGUGUCGUGAUUUGCCAACUGCACGCGCGCGUCAAGCUGAAGAAUGGACGUCAGUGCGGUGCGCGUCUAGGCGGAUUAGGCUCUUUUCCAAUACUCGACUUGGGCUCCGGUCUCAGGCUUCGUUCCCAAAACCAAUCCCCAAAUGUGGGCCUGAAG